AUGGGAAAAAACUCGAAGAAACGAAAGAAUGGCCCCGAGAAAACUUUGCCUCAGACAGUGAAAAAACUGAAGCAAAACGAGUUAGACGUCUGCAAAGCUGAGACAGCAGCAGUGAACCUAGUACAGACCGGAGGGAUGAUUGGAGGGCUUAUUUACGAAGAUGAGUUGGAGACCACGACAGACACGCUGCUGAUGCUUGCAAACAACCCAUCCUUGAUUGGUUUGAAGGCACUGAAACCUUUCAAAACCGCGGUGCACGACUACUGGCGGGUCGCGAACGAAGCAACACAAACAGGGAACUCGUUGACCUCGCGCAUCUCAAAAGCACUGAUCGACCAGCGCCACAUCGAUGCGCUCGUGCUUCUGGCAGAGAUGGCAAUUCGAGAACAGGUGCCUAAGCUAGGUGCGCUCCAGCGAUGGGUGAGGGAGUGUGACGCUGUCCUGUCUCCCAAGAUGUCGAAGCAAGAGGAAAACAGAGUGUGGCAAGUUUUGGACGCCAUUCUGCGGACGACACAGCCAGAGAUGAUCGCACAAUCAAGCACUUCAGAUGGGGGAAAGAUAGAACCUGGAAGUCGGUUGCGCUGGUACACGCCCUUCACAAUAGAGUCAGAUCCGCCUGCAAGAACCGUAGAUAUUGAUUCGGAUGCCAUUGCGAGCGCUGCUACGAAAGUUCUGGUGCCUUUGCAAAUCACGCCAGGGCCUGACCGCAGACCUCCAAACAAACAUCCUGCGAUUAUCUACUUCUCUCCUGAUAAUACAUUCCCUCUCCUUCCAUCCUCUGAACGAAGUCGUCAACCAACGCGACACGAGCUUCCAGGAGUCCCUGGUGCAUUCAUUAUUAACGACGCAUUGGAGAUCCAGGAAUGUGAGGCUCUGGUAAAAGCUGCAGAAUCAGUGGGACUCAUACCUGAUGAACCUAUUGCUGGAUCAGCCACUCAGCUAUCAUCGGUGCUUGCCCACAAUCUCAUUUGGCUGGCUGAUACCUCUUUCAUCACUACCCUCUAUCAACGUCUUGUUCAUUUACUUCCUCAGACGGUCCACGGAGGUGCAGUGAAAGGUAUUAACUCACGAUUCAGGUUGUACAGGUAUCGCCCUGGUGCACUGUACAGGCCACAUAUUGACGGUGCAUGGCCAUCAUCCGCUCUAAACUCCACCACUAACCCGCCGACAUAUGUAUACGACUCUGACCCAACAGUAUACUCCAGGCUGACCUUCCUUAUCUACCUUAAUGAUGACUUCGAUGGCGGCUGCACAACGUUCUUUCUCCCUUCCUCCACGCAGGGCAUCCUUGAAGCCAGACCCGUAAAACCACGUACCGGUACUGUUUGCGUCUUUCCCCACGGCGCUGCCAAAGGAAGCCUGUUGCAUGAGGGAAGCGGCGUUAUAUCAGGUGCAAAAUACGUUAUUCGCACUGAAGUGCUAUAUGAGGUCGAUGCGAGCGAGAGAAUUGACGCUACGAAAGAUUAA